AAUUCAGCAGUCCUUGAGGAAGGUCCGCUGUUGUAACUUGGAGGUGGUACAAAUAUAGUGUUUCCAUUCGAGAACCCAAGAUCUUGUGAAGAGUGAUUAAAAUUAACUAUAUUGCAGAUUUAUUAUGAUGAAUUACUAGACCAUUAGCAGAAAAUCAGGCCUCAAUUCAUUCAGAACUCAGAGAACUCAUUGUGUCGGUGACGAGCUCCAAUUUAAAAAAGCAUGCUGCAUCAGCCAUGAAAUCCUCCAGAGCUUUGAGAAUGCAAACCACCUUGGGAUGCUUGAGUCGUCUGGUCUCAAGGUCAUUCGUGAGCGGUGUGGUCAACACCAAGGAGCCCUGUCACGCCCAAAACCCCCAUGGCCCUCCCUCAGAUCAGACUCGUUUAGUGACGGCCGUGAGUGGCUUUCCCAAGCAAAAAACCGGCUACAACAUUGAUCACAUUCUCAAAGGUCAGAUUGGCGAAGACGCCUAUUUCGUGGCACGCCAUGUGGACGAUUGGAACAACAAUCUCGUGGAUGAGACCAUGCCGCAGUAUCUCCUCCAUCCCGAGGCCAAUCGAGGCCAAGCCUCACCCGCCAAAUCCCCCUCCAACCGCGCCAAUACCGCCAAUACAACCAGUUCUCCCAUGGUGGCGAGUAACGCCGGCGUCCAAUCUCUGCGCAAUAGCUCGUCCAAUUCGGCGGAUGUGAUAGGCGUGGCGGAUGGCGUGGGCGGUUGGCGACAAUAUGGCGUGGAUCCUGGUCUGUUCAGCUCGCACUUGAUGAAGAACUGCGAGCGAUUGGUCAAAGCCGGCUAUCUGGUGUCCAAUCAUCCGGCGAAACUCCUGGCUCAAGGCUUCCGUGAGAUGAAAGAGUGCAAACAGCAAAUCAUGGGCUCGUCCACGGCUUGUGUGAUGAUGCUGUCGCAUGCGGAUCUGAAGUUGUACACGGCCAACAUCGGGGAUAGUGGGUUUUUGGUGGUGAGAAGGGGGGAGGUGGUGCAUCGAUCUCAAGAGCAGCAGCAUUCCUUCAAUACGCCCUUCCAGUUGUCGUUGCCGCCCAGUGAGAUGGCUUCGGAUGUGUUAUCGGAUCACCCCGAAUCGGCUGACAGGUACGAAUUCAAUGUUGAAGAUGGUGAUGUGAUCAUGUUGGCCACGGAUGGGAUCUUUGACAACGUCCCGGAUUCCUUGCUCGUGGACGAGAUCAGUGCGAAAGUGUCCUCACCCGACUUGGUGGCGCCCUCUCACGACGAGCUGACCGCUCGAUUGCAACAAUGCGCCAAUAGCAUCGCUCUGAUUGCCCGGAAGCUGAGCCAAGAUCCGGAUUUCUUGUCGCCCUUCGCUCAAAACGCUCGCGCUAACGGCUUCCGAAUGAGUGGAGGCAAGGAAGACGAUAUCACGGUUCUUCUGGCCGCAGUGAGGAUUUCGUGAAAGUCAAAGUCUAGAAAGAAAGAAAGACUUGCGUCUUAGACCAGGAGAUUCAUAGGCUAACAGACAGACAGACAGUCAGAGACGCAUUCUCACCAUCUUAGUGCAACCACUUGUAUAUUAAGUUUCACGCAUGUGAUGUGUAAGCCGUGCCAUAAAACUAAGAGACGCAAAGAGGCGUGUCGAAUCAUUCGAAUAUACAUGCCUAUAUAUAUAUAUUAUCUUCCUGUUCCUUCCAUCCGACCUUUCUCGCUUGCUUGGCCUUCAGAUUGGGUGAGGUCCUGACCGACCUUGAGGUGCUCCCGUUGCUUGGCAAGGGCGUUCUCCUGGAUAUUGCUGACGACCACAUGCACCCUAAACCUUAUUGAUCUCAAAAAUCUGUCAAAAUAUAUCCAGGAAGCGAACCAAAUGGAACUCUGAGCCUAAUAAUACAUACAUAUGUAAUAUCAUAUUAUAUCCCCGAUCACGGUUUCCUGCGGCUGGACACAUCUGUUGGAGGGGGCGGCUCUCGAGAAAACGGCGUUUUAAGGCACAUGUGUACAGUAUGAAAUGUCCGUUGUGAACAUGGAACACAAUUUGUACGUGCUAUUAUAUUAGAAAUACAUAUUCUGCCAUAAAAAGCAA